AUGGAAGGAAGACUGAAAGCCAUACGGGCCGGUAACAGAUCAGCGGUAACGAAACUUUUCGGACGAUUUUUGGACUUGAAAGAAAAUACAGCCAGUGAAGUAACGGAGGAAGUCGAAAUAAAUAGAAGGUCUCUAACGCAAAAAAGACAAAUUCUUCAAGAACUAAAUGAACGAAUAUUAGACGCCUUAUCUGAAGAGGAUAUAGAAGAAGAAAUCACAAACACAGAUGAUGCUGAGUGUUUUGUACCCGCCUUAGAAAUUCAUGAUAGUAACGUAAACACAACAGCUGCAAUUAAUUCAAGUGAAACGGCUUGUGAGAAUAUUCUAAACAAUUUUCCUGCCACUGAUCUCGAUGAACAAAGUAACCACGAUUGGCAGAAAAAUGUUUUGUCAUUACCAUCCAACCACGCUACGAAUAAUCAUAGAUUACCGAAGCUAAAUCUUCCAGAUUUUGACGGGGAUAUAUUACAAUGGAAUACGUUUUGGGAUUCAUUUGAAUCAACAAUUCACCGCAACCAAACUUUAACACCAAUUCAAAAGUUCUCGUAUCUCAAUUCUCAAUUACGCGACGCAGCAGCACAAACCAUUGCAGGAUUUACUCUCACAAACGUAAAUUAUGAAACCGCCAUAGACCUGCUCAAGGAACGGUUUGGUCAACCGCAAAAAAUUAUCAAUGCUCACGUGAGAGCACUUAUGGAACUGCAUGCCCCGAUAAACGACGCCAUCAGUUUAAGAAAUUAUGGAGACUGCUUGGAAUCUCAUGUCAGGAGUUUAGAGUGUCUAGGACAAAAACAAGAGAUGUACGGAGCUUUACUUAUUCCAGUCAUAAUGAACAAGCUACCAGCUGAAAUCAGGAAAAACAUUGCACGUGAGUACGAUGGUGACAACAUUUCACUACACAAUCUUCGUAAAGCUAUCAGCAAAGAAGUCAAAAUCCUUGAAUCAGGCCAGAUUGAAAACAGCGAUGGAUUCCACGCAACAGCAAUGUUUCUUACCGGAGCCUCAAAGAAACAACGCCAUGUUCAUAAUGGACACAACCAGAAAACAAGAGAGUCAACUCCUUAUGUCGAAACAACAGAGAUAAAGAGCCGCCCAUGCAUUUAUUGUUGCACAGAGAAUCACUUUCCAGGGGACUGUAAUAAAGUUACAGAAGUAAGUACAAGAUUCGAUAUCUUAAAACGGAAGAAAUUAUGUUUCAACUGCUUAGGAAACCACCGCGCCGCAGAUUGUAAAUCCCGCAACAGAUGUGAAAAGUGCCAGAAGAAACACCUCACAAGUAUAUGCGACAUGAAACUAACGAGGGACAAAGACGAGCCCACCAGAUCAACAAGUGUCAACAUUGUAGAAACGAGCAAGAAGGCAGAAACUACAGUACUGAACGUUGAACAUCGACCUACAAAUGUUUUACUGAAAACAGCUAUCGCCCCGGUGAGUCAUGAAAAUCAGACAACCGAUGCUAAUAUCUUAUUUGACGAAGGAUCACAAAGAUCGUUCAUAACAGAAAAACUCACCAAUGAGUUAGAAAUCACUCGAAGGAAAUCCGAAGCAAUUAAACUAUCUACUUUUGGGGAAAAUGGAAGUGUCCAGUAUCUAGAUAGUGCAACUAUCAAUUUGAUAACCGACUCAGGAGAAUUGAUUGCUAUCAAUGUUCUGAUAGUACCAUCUAUAACCAGCCCUCUCACCAGCUACCACUCUUCUGAAGUAAAAAGACUGCCUUACCUUCAAGGACUCAAAUUAGCACAUCCGGUUUCAGUUGACAGCGAAUUUGUGAUUUCCCUUUUAAUUGGAGCAGAUUUUUACUGGAGAAUUGUAGAAAAUCAAGUCAUUCGAGGAUCGGGACCAACUGCUGUGAAGUCAAAGAUUGGAUUUCUACUUUCAGGGCCAACUUCUCAAUCAUCUUGUACAAACAGUGCCAGGGAUCACAUCUACAACGUAAUAGCUAUGCAUACAUCAGUAGAACAAGCACUGGAAAGCUUCUGGAAAUUAGAGAACAUUGGAAUCACGGAUACACCAGAUAAGAACGAGUCCAAUGAUAAAGUCAAGAUGUACCAAGAUAAAUGCAUCGAGUUUCGAGACGACAAAUACUACGCCAAGUUGCCAUGGAAAGAUGACCAUUCUGAGCUACCGUCGAAUUAUGGAAUUGCACUGAAAAGAACCCAAAGUACUAUCAACAGACUAAGUAGCAACCCAGAACUUUUGAAGAAAUACAGUGCGAUAAUUGAAGAACAAGAACGAAAGGGAUUUAUAGAAAAGGUUCCAGAAGAUACAAAAACGUCUUCUGUGGUACAUUAUAUUCCACACCACUAUGUCAAAAAAGAUUCCAGCACCACACCUAUCAGAAUAGUGUAUGACUGUAGCUGCCGCGAAUCACGUGACAAGCCGAGUCUCAAUGACUGUUUGGAAUCAACGCCACCCAUCUUAAAUGAUUUGACAUCAAUUCUGACAAGAUUUCGAUUACACGAAUUUGCUGUAACCACUGAUAUUGAAAACGUUGGUUUGCAUGAAAAUGACCGAGAUGCAACGAGAUUCCUUUGGUUAAAGGACCCAAAUGAUGUCAACAGUUCAUUAGUGCCUUACCGUUUCAAGGCAGUGCUCUUUGGAGCCACUUGCUCUCCAUUUAUUUUAAACGCAGCAAUUCUGAAGCAUCUACAAAGCAACAACUCUACAAGUGCAGAUAUUCUGAGGAGAGAUCUCUAUGUGGACAACGUGAUAUCCAGUUUUGCAAAGGAAACUGAUGCUAUUGAGUACUUUCGGGAAUCAAGAAAGAUCAUGAUGGAUGCAGGAAUGAAACUUAGAUCAUGGGCAUCGAACAGUAAGCUACUUCACACAGAAGCCAUGAAUCAUGGAUUACACGACUCGGACAAAGUAAUAAAAUUACUAGGAUUACGCUGGGACCCAAUGAACGACAAACUGUCAUUUGUGAAACGAGAAAUACCAAACCUUGAGACCGUUACAAAGAGAUUGAUACUACAAUACUCAUCACAAAUAUACGACCCAUUUGGUAUCCUGAGUCCAGUAACAGUGAGAGCCAAGCUAUUGUUACAGUUACUUUGGAAACAAAAGUAUGAAUGGGACAGCCCAGUACCAGACGAAAUUUGUAAGACUUGGAAUUCUCUUGCAAAUGAUCUGAACAUCGCAUCAUCAGUUCAAUUUCCGAGGAGAUGGAUGGUGAAACAACACUACACAUCUUUGCAGAUGCUAGUACCAAGUCUUAUGGAGCCGCUGCUUAUAUCUGCAAUAGAAGCGAAUCAAAAUUAG